AUGUCACAUCCUAUCACUAACAAUAUGGAGUUUAUCAAACAGGUCCUUGAUAGUGACGAGCUCUGCGAAUCCGACAAAGAUAACGACAGUGACUUCUUUGAAGAGCACUCACGACGACGAAGUAUGAUUCCAAAACGCUUGAACCAACAGCAGGAAGAAUCGAAAACGAACGAGGCAAGUUCCAAGCAUCCAACAGCGAGUAAAUGGCAUUCCAUUCUACGCAAAAUGUCCAUGACUGUUCAAAAGGACGACGCUUCGGACAGUAAUAGGCCUCCCAAUCUGCUAGGAACCCUCCAUGAAGCAACAGAUAAUGUUGCCACCAGUUAUCAUCCAAACACUCUCACUAGUUCAGACUUUGAGAGUUCGUUGAUGCUGCAAAGACCCUUCGGCGACAGCAAAGAAAUAGGCGAUGAAGUCGUCGUCGUUUCUGAAGACGUCACAUUGCCAACGGUUGAAGAGGUGGCGAUCGAAGGCAAUACAAGGGCUGAAGAAGAGGGACCUUGUUCCAAAACGAGAUUUUUUGAGAAUCCUUUUGCCUUUGACGCUGCUACUUCUUUAUCAACCGAUGAUAGCAGCAGCAGCAGCAGCAACGUAGGUGGCCCGGAUGGCAACGAUUGGCAGGCACUGCACCCGCUAAGUAUUCAUCCAGGGGUGACAAUAGCCGUGACAAAAAAGAAAUCCGCAGGUAGUAUCAAUAGCAUCUGCAGUAAACAUCGUAUCCCGGUGAUGGAAAGCCGUCCUCAGGGUAUUCUCCUGACCGACAGUCCUGAGGCCAUGACUCAAUCUCAACAGUCUCAUGAGACUCCACAAAAUGCAAGCAAUAAAGCAAAACUUCAGUGGUCAAGAACAUUUGAAAAAAUAAAAGUCGUCAACAGCUUCGGCCAUCACCGGCGAAGAUCAAGUGUCGCACCCCAUCUUUUAUCGAAACAGCCAUUAGCACCUUAUUAUCCGUCAGCAUUCAUUCCAGGGUAUCUUUCAUUGAUGUGCAAAGACGAACACGGACGAAAAGCACCGCCCAUAUUGUUCGAUGCAUUGAAUAUUGCCAUUACGGAUUCUGAAAUUGAUCAUAAUGCUGCUCAUAGGUUAUGGACCUUCCGCAUAGAGCUCCAGUACGGUGACCUUCGAUGGGUAAUCCAUCGCACCAUUAUCGAAUUUUACAACCUUCAUUUAACUCUGAAAUUCAAAUAUAUCUCUGGUUAUAUUUCGGAGCCACCCCCUUCGUUUCCUAGCCAACUGGCGCACUUGACGAAUGCUGCACUGACCUCCAUGCGAAUUGCCCGCGAACAAGAAGCAGGUGUCUGGCGCGAAGUCGCCCUCAAACGUCGUGAUGCUCUUGAAUCUUAUUUGAAGACUCUCAUACAAAAUGCGAGCUUACUCGUCAACUACGAGCUAUGCGAAUUUUUGGAACUGGGAGCCUUGUCGAUUUCAAAAGAUAUGGGCUGGAAAGGAAAAGAAGGUUACCUGGAAUACAUCGUCCAUCCUAACUCAUCAUCCGCUAGUACGACGGUAGGGCGUCUGCUUCCGCCGUCGACACACUUUCCCUGGGAUCGUUGGCAGAAAGAAUGGCUAAUUUUACGAGACUCCUAUAUUGCCUUUUGUAAAGAUAUAGGCUCUACUGCGCCCUCCGAUGUGCUACUUUUUGAUAAACAUUUUAAAGUGGCACGAGCAAACCUUGCUCCGGCGGCGGCUACUUUGGUUGGGUCCAUCCAUCCAAAUCAUUUCUUUACGAUUAGCAAUGCGACACGGAGAAUAGAAAUAAAAGCACCAACCACCAAGCAUUUUGAGGAAUGGUUAGAGAGUUUGGAAAAGGUGCAGAAAGAUUCACCGUGGGUGAUGAAUCACAGAUUUGGCUCCUAUGCUCCCAUUAGAAAGAACGCAAAGGCGAGAUGGUUUAUUGAUGGACACGAUUAUUACGAAGCAGUCAUAGAAGCUAUCCUGUCGGCAAAGUCGGAAAUUUUCAUAGAAGAUUGGUGGUUGAGUCCACAAUUGUUCCUCAGAAGACCUCCCAAAGGGAACGAGGAAUAUAGACUGGAUAGACUGUUAAAGAGGAAAGCGUCAGAGGGAGUCAUGAUUUACAUUGUCAUCUACAAAAAUGUAUCUGUUGCCUUACCGUUAGAUUCACAACAUACAAGAGAUUGGCUACAGAACGUGCAUCCAAAUAUCAUUGUACAAAGGCAUGCAAAUCUGACAGCUUCUCCGUUUUGGGCUCACCACGAGAAAAUAUUAGUGAUUGAUUAUCGAUUGGCCUUUGUGGGUGGUUUAGAUUUGUGUUUUGGCCGUUACGAUACACCUCAGCACACUUUGACAGAUUUCUGUUCUGGAGAUGAAAAUGAGAUAUUUCCCGGUCAGGAUUACUCAAAUCCAAGACUGAAAGAUUUUCACAAAGUAAGCCAAUAUGAUAUGGAGCUGAUCAAUAAAAACCAUGCUCCUCGAAUGCCUUGGCAUGACAUCCAUACGGCAAUGGUAGGGCCGCCUGCUCGAGAUAUAGCACGACAUUUUGUUCAACGUUGGAAUUUCAUCAAGUCCAAUCGUGCGAAAGAAAGAACCGACAUCCCUUUUCUUUUGCCUAAAGGCGAGUAUGUAGCAAAUGCCGAUGAAAUAAAGUUCAGAGGCUCUUGUCGUGUUCAGUUACUGAGAAGCAGUGCCGAAUGGAGUUUAGGCAUUACAAGAGAGUACUCGAUUUAUAAUGCUUAUAUGGAAUGUAUAUUCAAAGCGAAACAUUUCAUUUACAUUGAAAAUCAAUUUUUCAUUACUACCACAAGUCCCCACGAUAAACUGAUAAAAAAUAAAAUAGGUCAAGCCAUCGUAGAAAGAAUCAAAAGAGCUCAUAGAGAAAAUCAAAAAUUCAAGGUGAUCGUGGUCAUACCUGUAGCCCCAGGUUUUGAAGGUGAUUUUGUUCAGGUUGACAGAAAGACCAUGCCCUUAAGAUCCGUUGCUCAAUAUCAAUAUCGAUCUAUUUCUCGAGGAAAAUACUCUGUAUUUGAGCAGUUACGGAAGGCGAAUAUACCGAUAGAAAAGUACAUUGGGUUUUACAGUUUAAGAAAUUGGGGGAAAAUCAACAACGCAAACUUACUAUUGCCAGCAAGUGAUUCCGUGCCUAACAGUGCGCUACAAAGUGCUAUUUCAACCAAUUCGAAUUUCUUACCCCUCAGUAACAGGCGUUCAAUAUUACCAAAGAAACGUGGUUUGAAAUCAAAAUCAUCGGGCCAAAGUAACUCUAACGAUGACGUAUGGCUACAACAACAAGUAAUCUCGGCACAGUUAUCUCAAACACAGCAGCAACAGCAGCAAUCACAGCAACCAUUACAGCAGGAACAUGAUUUUUUCGAACAACAGCAGUAUAACGAUGGACGACUAAACUUUGUGACGGAGCAAGUGUAUAUACAUUCAAAACUGAUGAUAGUAGAUGAUAGAAUUGUCAUAUGCGGUUCAGCUAAUUUGAAUGAUAGAUCACAAUUGGGAAAUCGGGAUUCGGAGAUUGCUGCUAUUAUAGAAGACUCAGAGAUGAUAGAGUCGCGGAUGAAUGGCCAACCGUACAAAGCUGCGAAAUAUGCUUUGACUCUGCGUAUGCAAUUGUUUAAAGAACACUUGGGAUUAUUGAAGAAUGACAGAAAUAGCAUACAUUUUCAUGACCUUUAUCCACAAGCCAAAAAAAGCCAUUUUGAUCCAGAGCGCUAUAAGAGCAUGACUUACGAGGAUCUAAUUGUUAUGGAUCCACUGCUAGAUGACUUUUACUCAAAGAUUUGGAAUAGAACUGCUGAAAACAAUACAUUGAUCUAUAGAGAUGUUUUUCGCUGCGUUCCCGAUGACACUGUGCACAACGUAGAGCAGCAUCGUCAGUUUAUACCAGACCCAACCCGCGUUUUACCAAACCAUAUAGCGGAGCCUUGGAAUUUUACCUGCGAACAAAUAGAAUACAAGUUAAAUCAUAUACAAGGACAUCUCGUUCAGUUUCCGACAGAAUAUUUGCGAGAUAUCAGUAUGACAGCGUCUGUUAUGCAAGAAGCUGUUCCCCCUAUGGUCUUUACUUAG